AUGAUGGGAAUGAGAUCUCACGGGGAGGACAUCCUAGAGUUGCACGCCCACGGCGGCCGGGCGACUGUCAAGUCUAUCCUCGCCGCGAUUCCAUCAUCCCGGACGCGGACGGGCCGAAUCCGAUAUGCAGAGCCUGGCGAAUUUACGAGGCGAGCCUUUAUGAACAAUAGGCUAGACCUCACCCAAGUCGAUGCUCUCGGGGAUAUGCUCGCCGCGGAGACGGAGCAGCAGCGCCGCGCAGCGGAGAGGGGCAAUUCCCGGGUCCUUGGCCAGCGUCAGAAGAACCAACUUCUCCGGAGCGGCAUCCGCAUCGCUCUUCUUGGGCCCCCGAACGUGGGAAAAAGCUCGCUCAUGAACCAUAUCGUCGGUAAGGAAGCCUCCAUAGUAUCUCCCGAGGCCGGCACGACGCGGGAUAUCGUCGAGGUCAGCCUGGAUAUGAGGGGCUACCUUUGUUCUUUUGCAGACACUGCCGGGUUCCGCGGGGAGGGAUCGAGCUUGGCUGGGGAAGACGCUAGCGUUGGCCACAUCGAAAGAGAAGGUAUUAAGCGCGCAAAGGCUGCGGCCCUAUCAUCCGAUGUGGUGAUUGUUUUGGGGGCAGUUUCUCGAGAUUCGAGAGACCAAUGUCGAAUCAUCUUCGACCAAGAGAUUCUGCGGCUCGUUGGAGAGCACAAUAAGCCGGUCCUUGUGGCGGUAAAUAAGAGAGAUGUUGUGGACGAAGCGAGUCUCUCAUCACUACUCUCAGAAUUUGGGAACGCGAUCCAAGGCAUACCCGGACUCGAGAACGCUCCAGCGCCACUACCCAUAUCUUGUAGGGAAGCCCAUUCAGGGCCCGGAUGUGCAGCGAUAAAGGACCCUGGCGGCGUACAUACGCUAACCGACAACCUACUCGAACUCUUUAAGACCAUGACUUCCGUCCCCACCGAUAUGCAGGACCUGCUAGGUGUUACCGAGCGGCAGCGGCAGCUCUUAGCCGAAUGCCGCAUCCACUUGGAAAACUUUAUGGCCGAAUCAAAAUCCAGGGACGACGGCGCCGCUGAUAUCGUUCUAGCUGCCGAGCACCUAAGAUUCGCUGCAAAUGCCCUAGCUAAGAUAACGGGAAGAGGCGAGGUGCCGGACGUGGAGGAUGUUCUGGGGGUUAUCUUUGAAAAGUAA